AGGUAAUUUAUCUCUACGCUUCUCUCUCUGCAAUUACUCCUUGAGAGCAUCUCUCUCUAGAAUACUGAGUAUUGCUGACUUGAGCGUCAGAGUGUUUUCACCGAGAAAACAACCUCAGGAUUUUCAGGUGUAGAAGCAGCUGAGGACUUCAACAGUGUUGGACUGCGAAGUUGCCGAAACAUUGGCGUCGUCUGUGGGAAUUCGAACAAGAAGUUGUGUGACUUAACCUGCUGAAAGACAAAAUGGUCCGUACCUUUACAGGAGGUCGCCCUCCAAGAAAUGAAAUAGACGAACAGGAGGACGCUCACGUAUUUGAGCCCGGCCUGAAUGACUUUAGACCAAUGCCAAGAAACCUUUUUGUAGGGGGAGCCGAACAGGAUCACCUAAGUGAGACAGAUGAUGAAAGAACACCGACUGGGUCAACAGAACCUGCUCGGACAACCGAGCUCGAAGAGAGAACUAGAGUUCUUGAAAUGGCAAUGGGUAAAAUCCUUGCCCGUUUAAUUCCUGAUGACCCCUUGAUUCCCUUGCUGAAUAGAGAUGCACAACCAGCUGCGGUUGUCGCAACUCGAAACUCCCCUGCUCUAAGCAACGUAGUGGUGCCGACUAGGCCAAGGGGAAGUGGGAAGUUGAAUAUGGAGCCCAGCUCGUCCAAACAUAGUGAAGAACUGAUGAGAAAAAACGCAGACCUUGAAAGACAGCUGCGGGACGUACAACAGUCUAUUGACGAGCUGAAAAGUCCCAGGUCGCAUCAACAGACUCUGGAUUUGGAUAGUGCACCACUAAACUUAUCCAUUACGGCAGAGCCGUAUCAAGAGGGAUUCAAAAUUCCCCACCUGGAGACAUAUGAUGGCUCGGGUGACCCUGAUGAACAUCUACACACCUAUCAAGCCAUCAUGAGAAUCCAAAACGCCAAUAAUGCCAUGAUGUGCAAAGUGUUCCCAGCAACACUCAAGUCAACAGCCAGGAGAUGGUAUCACAAACUCCCUAGACAUUCAAUAGAUUCAUUUUCCCAGCUCGCCAAGCUAUUUUCUAACAAAUUUGCAAGCCAAAGGGAGAUCAAGCGCAUAGCAACCGAGCUGAUGCAAGUUAACCAGAAGGAAGGGGAGUCGUUGAGGGAUUAUAUGCAGCGGUUCAACAAGGCCACCUUGGACAUUGAUAACGUCCCAGACACGAUCUGCCUGUCCGCCCUGUUGCAUGGGUUGAAGCGUGGCCGGUUUCUAGACGACCUGCUUGAAAACCCACCAAAGACGUGGAAUGAGGAACAACAACCGAGAAGAGAAGAGAAGAAGAAGCAGAAGGUCAGUGAGCAAUGGGGGAAGCCAGCUGAGUUCCCGAAAUAUGCCAAUUACAUUCCUUUGACCUUACCCAGGGCAGACAAGAGCAAGCACUGUGACUACCAUCGUGUGUAUGGUCACAAUACAGAGGAUUGCCAACACUUGAAGGACGAGUUGGAGUUUUUGGCUCGUAAUGGGAAACUAGAAGGGUAUGUUCAGAAGCCUCACACCCAGCAACCCGCUCAAACCCAUUUUGUACAGGCGUACGACCGACCUCAAGGGCAGAGGAGAGGACAGGGACAAAGAGCUGCUGCCCAGAACCAAAAAGAUAAGAAAGGGGUAGGCUAUGCUGGGAUACCCCCACCCUCAGGUACAAUAAACAUGAUAUCAGGAGGUGUUCACUCUGGGGGCCAAAGCGCCCGAGCCCGCAAGGCAUACGCCAGGCAGGUGAUGACUGUCAACAAAAACAGACCCUUGAAACGGCCGUUUGAGGAAGCAGAAUGGGAAAAUACGCCCAUCACAUUCAGCCCGGCAGAUUACAAGCGAGCAGAGGGAGAGCCUGACAUUAUGAUGCCCCAUGCAGAUCCCUUUGUGGCAACGGUUCAUAUAGGCAAUCAUAAUGUCAAUAAAGUGUUCAUUGACACUGGUAGUUCACCAGAUAUCCUGUAUUGGAGUUGCUUCCAGAAGAUGCAGCUAAAUCCGAGCUCGCUGCAGAAGCACGAAGGCCCAAUAUAUGGGUUUGAUAACCAGCCCGUCCCGGUUGAGGGAGUUAUUACCCUUCCUAUAUAUGUGGGCUCAGAACCACGCUUUAGGAUGGCUUCCGUCACCUUCCUGGUCGUUAAGAUGGAAUCAGCUUUCAAUGCUAUAUUGGGAAGAGCCACCCUAUGCGAACUGAAGGCUGUCAUCUCGCAACCCCAUCUUUGCAUGAAAUUCCCAACUCCUCAGGGGACAAUGAGCAUAUCGGACAUUGAGCACAGACCUGAGGGUGUCGAGCAGAAAGCAGAGCCAGAAGAGCAAGUAGAAACCAUUCCUUUAAACCCUAAUGUGUCGGAAAGAACAGUCAAGAUCGGCACUAGGCUCACAAAAGAAGAGCGAGCAGAGCUCCUGGAAUUUUUGAGGGUCAAUCAAGAUGUGUUCGCAUGGACUACAGAUGAAAUGCCUGGCAUUCCAGCAGAAUUAACAGUCCACAAGCUCAGCACAGACCCCACCAGAAGGCCGGUGGUGCAAAAACGCCGCCUUUUUGGCCCUGAGAAGCAAGCUGCCAUUGACGAGGAGAUACAAAAGUUGUUACAGGCAGGCUUCAUUAAAAGAGUGGAAUACUCUGAAUGGGUGUCUAACCCUGUGCUCGUCAAAAAACCAAAUGGCAAGUGGAGGAUGUGUAUUGAUUUCACCAACCUCAAUGAUGCAUGUCCAAAAGACCCUCAUCCCUUGCCAAACGUUGAGAAGUUAGUAGAGCGGGCAGCAGGACAUGAACGGAUGAGUUUUCUUGACGCCAGCUCGGGUUACCACCAGGUCCAACUGCUACUAGACGACCAGGAAAAGACAGCUUUUUAUGCUGGCGACGCGAUCUACUGCUAUGUCAUGAUGCCGUUCGGCCUCAAAAAUGCUGGAGCAACAUACCAGAAGCUGGUGCAAAUCAUCUUUAAGCUCCAGAUCGGCAAAAACAUAGAAGUGUAUGUAGAUGACAUGAUAGUCACCAGCGUACGAGCUGAGGAUCACAUUGACGAUCUGAAUGAAACUUUUCAAAACUUGCGUCGAGCCCAAAUGAAGCUGAAUCCCUUGAAAUGCACGUUUGCUGUGGAAUCAGGGAAAUUCCUGGGGUACGUGGUAUCCAAGAAAGGAAUCGAAGUAAACCCAGAAAAGGUCCAGGCCGUUCAGCAGAUGGAGCCCCCAAAGACUGUAAAAGAUGUACAGCGCCUGAUAGGUCGGGUAGCUGCGUUGCACAGGUUUAUAGCCAGAUCGGCUGAAAGGUGCCUUCCGUUCUUCAAAGCUCUGCGGGAGCCUAAAAACUUUCAAUGGACGGUUGAGUGUCAACGGGCGUUUGACGAGCUCAAACAGUAUUUAGCAUCCGCACCCCUGCUGUCCAAGGCUGUCGAUGGGGAAUGUUUAUAUCUGUAUCUGGGGGUCACGGAAGAGGCAGUGAGUUCGAUCCUACUGAGGGAAGAGAAUAAGAAUCAAAAGCCUGUCUGCUAUGUGAGCAAGGUAUUACAAGGUGCCGAGCAGAACUACCCGCUAGCAGAAAAGGCUGCUUUUGCUUUGGUCUACACGGCUCGUAAGCUGAGAGCUUAUUUUCAGUCUCAUCAGAUCGUCGUCUAUACCGAUUUACCAUUGAGAAAAAUGCUGCAGAAACCUGAACUCUCUGGUCGGCUUAUUGGGUGGAGCGUCGAGCUGAGUGAAAAUGACCUGAAAUUUCGGCCGCGCACAACCAUAAAAGGCCAGGCCGUAGCGGACUUUCUGGUGGAGUGCACCUCAAUAACUAACAAAGAGACAGCACCUGAACACCCAGUCUGGGUUUUGUAUGUUGAUGGAGCAGCAAACACUGAAGGGUCGGGUGCUGGGGCUGUGUUACUAGGCCCAGAUGGCUUCAAGUCUGAGCAUGCACUGAGGUUUAAGUUUCAGACGACCAAUAACGCUGCAGAAUAUGAAGCCCUCAUUUACGGACUAAAGCUGGCGUCCGAGCUGAAAGUACAAAACAUUCAGGUUUUCAGCGACUCACAGCUUGUGGUGGGCCAGGUGAAUGGUAGCUGCGACAUCAGGGAUCCCCAGCUCAGUCGUUAUGCCUCUGUGGUCAACAGAUUGAAAUCGAUAUUUGCCCUUUUCCAAAUCGAUAAAAUACCAAGAGCAGACAACCACGGAGCUGACGAGCUGUCAAAGUUGGCCUCCUCGCAGGACAUUAACCCUCAGGGAUCAACAAUUGUCGAGGUACUUGACGCACCAAGCUACACUGAUUUCACAGUCGAGUGUCAACUGCUAAGUACAGAUCCCUCUACACCGAGCUGGACCACCCCGCUCGUAAAUUAUCUACAAAGUGGCGAGCUACCUGAAGACCAGUCUGCUGCAAAAGUGAUUAAGCGCAGGGCAGCACAUUUCACCUUGUUAGAAAACCAGCUCUACAAACGAGCAGCCUCUAUGCCCCUAUUACAUUGCCUUACUCCUUACGAAGCUGAAUAUGCUGUGAGAGAAGUUCACGAAGGAGUAUGUGGCACGCACAUAGGUGGCAAGACUUUAGCUCGGAAACUCCUGAGGCAUGGUUAUUACUGGCCUACUAUGGUCGAGGACGCGCAGAACUAUGUCAAAAAGUGUCCGACCUGCCAGUUCAAUGCUGAUGAUAUACACAUGCCAGGCAAAGGAGGCUGCACUUUUCUGGUCGUCGCAGUGGAUUACUUCACUAAGUGGAUAGAAGCUAAACCGCUGUCCACGACAACAAAAAGAGAAAUAGAAGAAUUCUUGUUCAAUUCAAUACUGUGCAGGUUCGGCAUACCUAAGCGGGUUAUCGCCGACAAUGGGCCACAAUUCCGAGCAGUAGCACUGAGGUCGUUUUGUAACGACUAUGGCAUUGAGCUCGCCUUGACAUCUGUGUACACUCCACAGUCCAAUGGGCAAGCCGAGUCCGCCAAUAAAAUCAUCUUGCGGGGACUCAAAACGCGUGUUUUGGCCGCACAUACUAAUUGGGUUGACGAGCUCAAUAAAGUGUUGUGGUCAUGUCGUACUACACCCAGCUCGGCCACAGGCGAAACCCCGUUCAGUCUGGCAUACGAAGCUGAGGCUGUUAUCCCCGUCGAGGUCGGAUUGUCAUCCGAAAGAUCAGAUCGUCAUGACGAUCAGAAUAAUGAAUAGCUCUUAAGAGAAAACCUAGACCUUGUGGAAGAAAUCAGGGAGAUGUCCCGAAUAAGAAAUAUGGCACAUCAAAGUCGUGUUGCAAAAUUUUACAAUAAAAGAGUUCGAGCUCG